GAUUUGCAAAACAAAAUAAAACAAAGUCCCCCACCACUCCCCUCCUCAAACAUAUCUCUUCCAAACACUUCUAAGCUUUCUUCGCGGGAGACAGGGCAUGCUUCUCUAUUAACACCCGCCCAUGGGAAUUGACGGUGCCACUGUUGUUAAUGGUUUCCGCGGCAGACCCUGCGGUUUCUGCAAGGCUGACCCUGCCGCCGUCUAUUGCCGACCUGACUCUGCUUUUCUCUGUCUCUCCUGCGACGCCAAAAUUCACUGCGCCAACAAACUCGCUUCUCGCCAUGACCGCGUCUGGAUGUGCGAGGUUUGUGAACAAGCUCCUGCUGUGGUCACGUGCAAAGCUGAUGCUGCGGCUCUUUGUGUCACUUGCGAUGCCGAUAUUCACUCUGCUAACCCACUGGCCAGCCGCCACGAGCGUGUCCCCGUCGAGCCUUUUUUCGACACCGCCGAAUCAGUCGUUAAGUCCUCUUCUGUUUUGAAUUUUCUAGUCCCUGAUGAAACUAAUGUCUGCGACGGUGUCCAUCACCAUGAGGAGGUGGAGGUUGCUUCCUGGCUUUUAUCCAACCCGUCUUUCAACUCUAAGCUCGUCCACGGCCCUGAAAUCAAAACCCAGCUUGGAGGUGAUCAUUUGUUCUUCACUGAAAUGGAUUCUUUUAUUGAUUUUGAAUACCCCAAUUCAGUCAACGAUGAUCACAACGAUAUUAAAGACAGCAUCGUCCCUGUCCAGACGAAGCCAGACCCAACGCCAGUUAUUAACCAUACCCACUCCCCUGAAAAUUGCUAUGACAUUGAGUUUUGUAGAUCCAAGCUCAAUUCAUUCGGAUAUCAACCUCAAUCACUGAGCCACAGUGUUUCCUCUUCCUCCUUAGAUGUCGGAGUUGUUCCACAAGCAAUUUCGAUGUCUGAGACAUCGUACCCAAUGGGAGGACAAACUGGGGAUUCGGGGCUCCCGUUGUCAGGAUCCGGAAACCAAGCGACACAAUUGUGUGGAAUGGAUCGAGAAGCGAGAGUGUUGAGGUACAGAGAGAAGAGGAAGAACCGGAAAUUCGAGAAGACAGUCCGAUACGCAUCAAGAAAAGCUUAUGCAGAAACCCGACCCAGGAUCAAAGGACGGUUCGCGAAACGAACGGAUAUGCUAUCAGAGGUUGAUGAAAUGUAUGGCUCAGCUGCUUCACAUGUGCUCCUUACGGACGCUCAAUACGGACUCGUACCAACGUUUUGUCCAUAACUUGGCUGAAUCCAAUGCUUCAUAGAUUAAAAUUCUUAUUAUGCACCUUUAAUAAAUUAACGGUAGAUUUAUGUGUUGAAUGAUGUUAAAAAAAAAAAAAAAUGUGUUUGAUGAAGAGACAGAGUAUUAGCCAUUGAUUUGCAGGAGCAUGGAUAUGUUCAGAGGUGGAGGUUCGUUUACGGUAUCACAAGUUGCUUUGUUUCUUUUUCACCCUCAUUUCUUUGCAAAUAUAACUGAUUUGCCCUUUUCUCUCGCUUCAAAA